CGUUUCGUUCCUAUCCAUCGACUCUCUCUCUCUCUCUCUCUCUCUCGGGUCCUCUGUCACCUCCGGCGCCGUGUUUUCUCUUUCAAUCCGACCGUUUUCUGCAGUCUACAUAUGGCUAAGCUCUCUCGGGUGACUGGAAACUGCAUUUCGGAUUGGGAUCUGCCGCUAAGCUCACUCCUCCCCUGUUCUGCCCCCAGAAAAAGGCGCCGGAUCUGUGCAGAGGAGAACCCUCCUCCUCCACAGAUUAGCAAACUGGGAGACGAUCUCCUCGUAGAGAUUCUGAUUCGCCUCCCUGACCCUGAAUCCGCCGGACGGAGCAAGGCCGUCUGCAAGCUGUGGAGCACGCUCAUCUCCGACCCCGGCUUCGAUCGCCGGUUCGUAUCUCACCACCGUAGCAGGAACGAACGAGGCCCACCUCCGAAGCUUCUUUUCUCAGACGACCCUCACUCCAUCCUCAGCUUCCUCCCCGUGCCCGACGAAGCUCGACGAGAUCUCGUGGUUUGGGAUUCCUUCAAGGACCUGAUUCUAUGCGGCUUUGAAGACAGCAUUGACGCCGAGCCGGAAAGGUCCUACUUUAUCUGCAAUCCGUUCACCAAGCAGUGGAUCGCCCUUCCUCUCGCGCCCAGAAAUGGGGACUUAUACGUGGUGCUCGCAGACAGAAAGAAAUUGGCGGCAAGGUUAGUUUGUGAACCCCGCAGUAGUAGCAGCAUUAGCAACAAUCAUAAUCUUGCACAUCAGCUAGGAGGUGAACCAGUAGCAGAAACUACUGCAUUUGUUUAUUCCGAGUAUCGGUUUCGUGUGGUGUGUAUGUAUGAACUGCGGUCGGGCACAGCGAUGGACGUGUUUAGCUCAGAGUCUGGGAGAUGGAAGAAACAGGCUCUUGUACUAUAUGAUCAGUUGAGAUUGUUUAAUUUCCGUGUUGUCUCGUGGAACAGCGAGCUGUUUUGGAUGCAUCGUCGAGCCGGUGAUCCCCGGAGCUUACGACGGUUUGCUGUAUUUAAUCCUUUCCGCCUCAAUACACCGCUCACUUCUUUGAAUGUACCUUCUGAAGUGUCGUCGGAAAUGGCUGAGCGAAGGGGGAAUCUUUCGAUCUCACAAGGAACUGCGCACAUAAUUCUACUUGGAGUUGAAGGCCCUGGCAGUCGUUGCUCGAGGGGUGCUUUGAGUGUUUGGAGACUGGAAGAAGGUGGCAAGUCUUGGAGCAAACUAUAUGAAAUGGCAUUGAGGAACCCGACAUUGUCUUCGUCGCCUUAUAUAUGUUAUUUACACAAUGACAUGUUAUUUACACAAUUGGAGGGUGUUCCAGCCUAGGGUGUCCUGCUGGCCUACUCCAAUUCCAAGGUACGAGAAAUUACGAGGUUACAAUGGAAGCAAAGGAACUCUUAGGCGUUGUUUUAAGAAGCAGAAGAAAAUUGUUAGGUAUUGUGGUAUUGGUUAAUCAUGUAUAAUUAUUAUAUUUUCUUUCUUGCCUAUUGACUAAAAAAUGGCUUCUGUUAUUUGUUUGCUGCUAAGAUUAUAACUGGUUUCCCUUGCGUUUUCAAAAGCUUCUUAUCGAACUGGCUUCUAUUUCAAUCCGUGUUGGUUGAAAGUAAAUUGUGGUGUUUGCAAUGUGAUGAUGAUUGGAGCUAUUUUGGCCAUGUUUCUCGAUAAAACACAAGAACCAGAUUUUGUGUCAUAAAUACUAAAGAUAUCAUGAGUAAAUUGUUCUGUAAACUCUGACAGAGGUAAUAGUCAGAGAACUGCGAGUAAGCGGCACAAGCUCUUGCUUGAUAUGAUCGAGGAGAUAGAGUAGACGAAGCCGAAGUAAAGUUGCCAUGUCACCGGUGUGCUUACUUAAACACAAGAAGCGUGGGCCUCUUCGAUAGAAGCACUUUCUUUUUCAAGGUUGAGCUUUUUCAAUUGAAGCUAAUGUUAUGUUGCCCUUCCUGGAAGCGAGGAGUGAACUCAAGGAAACGAGACAGUGCUGAGCCAACUAGUUCAAAUGUAUUGAUCGCCACUGUAAUUUCUUGGAUAUGCAACAACAGGAAGAUCGAAGAAGCAGGAUAGAACGUCGACAGAUUUGAAAUCCGAGGAGUUUCGAGAUACUCGGUGACGUUGAUUGAACGCACUUUUAUCGACAGAUUGUGUAGAAACAAGACAGUGGAAGAAGAUUCUUGCUGCUGAGUUAAUAUCAGCAAAAGCUAAAUCAAAGUUGCAGCUUUUAGAAGUUAAGUAUUGUAAAAUAUUAGAGUUGUAUCACCUUUUUGUAUUUGAACACAAGUAAGUGACUGUGUUUGUAAUUAACCUAAUCUGGAGGGACUGUAAGUCUGUAACCUUGGCGGGAGUAAAUGAAAUUUAAAAAAUUGGCCCUAAUCAGAUUACGAGAAGGGACAAUGUAGAAUUAUAUUGCACUCCAUUUUGGAUAAAACUGUUGUAGUUUGCUCAACGAAGAAAUUCUUGAUCAUAUAGGUACAUAGUAGAGAAAAUUGUGUUCCUUUUUCUUGUUUUGUUUUGUUUGUAAAUAAUGGUAAUAUGAUAUUGAUGUUAAAUACUUUUCAUGGCUACCUAUUUUUAUCAUAUUGUAAACAUUUCUCUAAUAUAAGAGUUGCUUAUGAAUAUUCACCAAUCAACCUAACAUGACUAGUAUUGUCAUAUUGGUUACACUGAGUUAGUGCUUUUAAAUCUUAAUCUAGGUUAAUAUAUUGUCUAAGUUGUCUUGAGUGAUUAAUAUAUAUUGCUUUAUUUCAUUUUUAAUCCUUGUUAAGACCAUUUGAUGGUUAAUAUGUGUUGCUCCACUUCAUUUUUUAUCCUCUAAGUUGAAUAAAUUGUUUAAGUUUUCAAUUACAUAUGUUUUUUUAUAACACAUCUCAAAAUUUCAAUUACCGAACAACUGUUCAGUACAAUCAGCAUGUAGUUGGGAAAGAGUAAUAAUCGGUGGUUUGGUUAGCCAAACUUCACUUUCCUACCACAUGCAUAAGGUGUGUCUAUCAGGUGAGCAGAUUCAUUUCCUCGUCGCCCCCAAAAUCGUCAUUUCACCUCCCCCCCCCCCCCAUCGCUUAUGCCUUUCUUUUGAUGUCUUCCACUAUCGUUUCAAUUUCCAUAACCGAUUUCUCUUUCUAUAUAGUUUAUGAAUUAGAACUUGCCAUUCGGAUUCCAGAAGGAGAAAGGUGCAUGUUGGCCAUCUUCAAAGCCCCACCGCAUCCAACUCAAUUGUGUCCUUCUCACCUCCAUCAUUUGAAACCUUCCAUUUCCAUCUCGAAUAACCAGUCUAGAGCUUGUACCACAUGUUCCCAUCAUAAUCGCGUCGACGUUGAGCUUAUAUAUUCCCAGUUAUGGCUUCUCUCAUCUAUAGCUUUGCCGACUCAACACUCAAGUCUCUCCCAUCUUUGCUCACCUGAUGCAUCAAUAACUCUUCAAGGUAAGUCACCUAAAUAUAAUUUCACACACUUCCAAUUUCAUGUUAUUGAACUUGUGAUUUUUGCGUUAUUUCCACAUAUUAUUGGGCUAUUGCAAAAGAACAUAGGUCUUCAUUUGAUACUGUUUCCAUUACUUCACAUAGCCAACCUUUGCAAUUUUGUUCAUCCCCCAAUAUGAACAAAUUUCCCAGUAAACUCGGUCUCCAAAUUCUCCCUACCCAAAGUUGUAGAACCUCAUCAUUAAGAAACAUUAACUUUCUAAAACAUCAUUAACGUUUUUAUUCCAUAUAUUAACAAUAUAUAAGAUCAUAACAAUAUUUUUUAUGUAGAUAGAGUGGAGUUGCAUUCUACAAUAUUCUCAAGUCUCAACCGCAUCGAAUGAAUCAGUUUUAGGAGAAUCAACCCAUAAAUAAACUUCAUUGGACUGAGGCUUAAUGUCAUAGUUGUCGUAAGUUGUCUUUCUUUAUAUUUUAUUUUUUCUUUUGUUAUUGGUCUCAAGGUUCGAACUCAUGGUGGGUGGAUGUUCUCAACCCUUUAGGAUUCCUUCCUCACUGCAUCACCCUCAUCCAAAAUUAAUUUCAUAUCUUUCACAUAUAUUUAAUUGAUUUAUUGGAGGGAGGGGGAAAGAAAUUCAUGAUUUAUUUCCAUGGGGAGGAAUUCUUCUCUCACUUGUCACCCUUCCUUGUGCGACUCCUCUGCCACGCCAUGCCGCGUCAUCCAUAAUGACGUUUGUUACUUAUAUGCAAUGAUCUUUACAAUAAUUGUGUUGCCAGAAAAAGAUAAGACCGAUGAAAAAGAAAAGAGUAGUUUAAGGAGAGAUGAUGACUAGAAGGAUUCAAAUAAUGAUGAGUAAGCUUGUUAGCAUAUUGGAGAAGAUGAGUAGCACAACAAUCCUGGUGGCAGUAGGAUUCUUGUGAAGAAAAGAGUUCACCAAUGAAGAAAUGUUUCUCAAUUUUUGUUAUUAAAAGAAUGUCAUUUUGGUUUGUUUGUAGUUAGACGUUGUUAUGUACAGUUUAGUUUGUAAUAGCCUACCUGGCUUUCUGGACCUUAUAUUCUUAUUUAAGUUGUUAACUAGGGACGAAGCUAGUAUUUCGAUUUUAGAGAGGGUGAUAAUUUUUUAAAAAUUAUACCUAUUUAUUUUAUGUGACAAAAUAAGAUAAGUAAAUGGUUGAAUUCAUAUUUAAAAAAAUUAUUAAAUGGAUGAUGAUAUUUUUUAUUAAUUUGUAGUUGAUUUCAUUUUAUUCAUAGCUUAAGAUACACAAUUAGUAGAUGUUGAAAGUAUCAAAAGAUGAGCUAAUUUUAAAAUACACUCUACAUCGAAGAAUGGAAAUGAUCCAGCCCAUCUGUGCAACGCCCCAAGACAUGCUGAGGUUUCAUUGUCCUUCUUAUCUCACGUUUUUGUAAGAUUCAUAUUCAUUCUCUAUCAAGAAGAAAUAUGCACUAUUGUACAACAUUGGUCCAGAUUGUCCUUUAUUUGAUGGAGCUUUUUUAUUUUUAUUUUGUCAAGUCUCUACGGGCGGUUCCAUUGGAGCGGCUGUGACUUCAGGAGGUCGAUAUUGCCAUUAAUUGGGUAGGAGGUCUACAUCAUGCAGAAAAGAAUAAAUCAUCUGUUUUUUGCUAUUCUUUAGAAACAAAUUUGUUUUUUUUUUUGCUCACGCGCUAAUCUUUAUCCUUACAUAUUUGGGUGUAUCGUGUUCUUUAUAAUUAUAAAAUGAUAUCCACCAUAUAAAUGGGGUGGAUGCUGCAUUUUACCAUACAGGUCGAGUUUUGACAGUCUCUUUUCACCACUAUGAUGUACACAAUGAUGAAAUUUUCUUUCCAAGAACAAGACAUAUAGUAGAUAUUGAUACUUUUGAAGGGGAAGGUUAUGAUAUCAACGUCCCUUUGCAAAAGGCAUGAACGACGAGUGGUUCACUUGGUUGUAUCAUAGCAUAAUUGAAAAAGUGAUGACAAUAUACAAUUUCUGAUGUAAUUGUUCUUCAAUGGUGAAAUACUCUUUGGCAGGAGACAAAGCAACAAGAUACUUUAACUUGAGCUCCAAAGGGCAUGCUAACUACUUUCGUUUCAUAAGGGUUUAUAACCGUUCUCUUAUUAUCUUGGACGACGGGGGCAACUUUUCUGAAAAUGUAGCUCAUUUAUGAACUCAAGAAGUAGGUUGCUUUAAGUCUCAUAUUGUUUCUAAUAUUAAAAGAACUCUAUUAAAUGUUAUUGUUAGUUUGUAGUUUUAAGUGUAGUUCUAGGGGUAGCUAGUGUUGCUUUAUUUUUGGCUGACUUUUAAUUGAUUAUAUUGCACUCCAUUUUGGAUAAAACUGUUGUAGUUUGCUCGACAAAGAAAUUCUUGAUCAUAUAGGUACGUAGUAGAGAAAAUUGUGUUCCUUUUUCUUGUUUUGUUUUGUUUGUAAGGUAAUAUGAUAUUGAUGUUAAAUACGUUUCAUGGCUACCUAUUUUUAUCAUAUUGUAAACAUUUCUCUAAUAUAAGAGUUGCUAUGAAUAUUCGCCAAUCAACCUAACAUGACUAGUAGUUGUCGUAUUGGUUACACUGAGUUAGUGCUUUUAAAUCUUAAUCUAGGUUAAUAUAUUGUCUAAGUUGUCUUGAGUGAUUAAUAUAUAUUGCUUUAUUUCAUUUUUAAUCCUUGUUUAAGACCAUUUGAUGGUUAAUAUGUGUUGCUCCACUUCAUUUUUUAUCCUCUUAGUUGAAUAAAUUGAUUAAGUUUUGAAUUACAUAUAUUUUUUAUAACACAUCUCAAAAUUUCAAUUACUAAACAAUUGUUCAUUACAAUCAACACGUAGUUGUGAAAGGGUAAUAAUCGGUGGUUUGGUUAGCCAAACUUCACUUUCCUACCACAUGCAUAAGGUGUGUCUAUCAGGUGAGCAGAUUCAUUUCCUCGUCGCCCCCAAAAUCGUCAUUUCACCUCCCCCCAUCGCUUAUGCCUUUCUUUUGAUGUCUUCCACUAUCGUUUCAAUUUCCAUAACCAAUUUCUCUUCUCUAUAUAGUUUAUGAAUUAGAGCUUGGCAUUCGGAUUCCAGAAGGAGAAAGGUGCAUGUUGGCCAUCUUCAAAGCCCCACCGCAUCCAACUCAAUUGUGUCAUUCUCACCUCCAUUAUUUGAAACCUUCCAUUUCCAUCUCGAAUAACCAGUCUAGAGCCUGUACCACAUGUUCCCAUCAUAAUCGCGUCGACAUUGAGCUUAUAUAUUCCCAGUUAUGACUUCUCCCAUCUAUAGCUUUGCCGACUCAAGUCUCUCCCAUCUCUGCUCACCUGAUGCAUCAAUAACUCUUCAAGGUAAGUCACCUAGAUAUAAUUUCACACACUUCCAAUUUCAUGUUAUUGAACAUGUGAUUUUUGCGUUCUUUCCACAUAUUAUUGGGCUAUUGCAAAAGAACAUAGGUCUUCAUUUGAUACUGUUUCCAUUACUUCACAUAGCCAACCUUUGCAAUUUUGUUCAUCUCCUAAUAUGAACAAAUUUUCCAGUAAACUCGGUCUCCAAACUCUCCCUACCCAAAGCUGUAGAACCUCAUCAUUAAAAAACAUUAACUUUCUAAAACAUAAUUAAUGUUUUUAUUCCAUAUAUUAACAAUAUAUAAGAUCAUAACAAUAUUUUCUACGUAGAUAGAGUGUAGUUGCACUCUACAAUAUUCUCAAGUCUCAACCGCAUCGAAUGAAUCAGUUUUAGGAGAAUCAACCCAUAAAUAAACUUCAUUGGACUGAGGCUUAAUGUCAUAGUUGUCGUAAGUUGUCUUUCUUUAUAUUUUAUUUUUUCUUUUGUUAUUGGUCUCAAGGUUCGAACUCAUGGUGGGUGGAUGUGCUCAACCCUUUAGGAUUCCUUCCUCACUGCAUCACCCUCAUCCAAAAUUAAUUUCAUAUCUUUCA